AUGUCGUCCGACCUCCCGCGAGACAGCGACCUUGCGACCAACGGCGACUCGAACGGGACCUUGCAAGAUGUACCCACCGUCGCGCCCGCAACUACCGCAGCGCCCGUGUCCAAACAUGUGGAGAAUGUCAUGUACUCAGACAUUGGAAUAAACACCUUGUUGAAUCGUCUCAAGCAGAGUAUUGCAUCUUCGCGCGACUUUUCCGACUUCUUGAAAAAGCGUGGAGCAGUAGAAGAAGACCAUGCCAAAGGAUUGCGCCGCCUGGUCAAACAGACGACCGACAACAUCCACUCCAAGGAGUCGAGACAAGGCUCUUAUGUCACCCGUCUGGAUGAGGCUAUGCGCCUCCACGACCGAAUCGCCGACAACGGCAUGCAAUUCUCCCUGGCUCUGCACCAAAUGCACGAAGAUCUGAAUGAACUCUCGCUUAACAUGGAAAAGGGCAGGAAACACUGGAAGCACGAAGGCUUGAAUGCUGAGAAGCGUGCUACCGAUGCCGAGACCGCCAUGGAAAAGGCAAAGUCCAAGUACGACGGUCUGGCAGAGGACUACGACCGUGCCCGUACCGGCGAUGCCAAAGGAACCAGACGCAUCGGUCUCAAGGGUAUGAAGAGUGCUCCUCAGCACGAGGAGGAUCUUCUCCGUAAAUUGCAAGUCGCAGACUCGGACUACCAGGCCAAGGUUCAGGCAGCAAAGUCGCAGCGAGAAGACCUCAUUAGAACCUCUCGUCCUCAAGCCGUCAAAGCUUUGCAAGAGCUGAUCAACGAGUGCGACUCGGGACUCGCUCUGCAGCUCCAGAAGUUUGCUUCUUUCAACGAGAAGCUUCUCCUGGGCAACGGUAUCGCUUUGAGCCCACUGCCUCCCAGCGACCCCUCGGCUCCCACCCAACACAGUCUGCGUGAUAUUGUGCUCGAAAUUGACAACAAGGCCGACUUUGACAACUAUCUGACUGGUCAUGUCUCGAAGAUUCCUGUCAGGACUUCUGACAUCAAGUACGAGCAACACCCGACACUCAAGCCAAAGCAGCAGACUCCCACUCCAGCCAGUCGCCAACCCUCUUCGACGCUGCCGGGCCCAGCGCUUCCUGAAACACCCUUAUCAAAUGUGACGACACAGCAAACCACUUAUGCCACUUCGCCUGGACCAGCUCCCCCACCAACAGUACCUUCCCCAACUCAGCCUCUCUACGGCCCUGGCAACCCACCAUACCCCACAGAUCCACCUCAGUCAUACAACAGCGCACCUUAUCCUACCACUUCGGGCGCACCUCGUGGCUUCUCCACCUCGACCCAAGGCACUGGCGCACCUUAUUCACCUGCUACCCCAGGCAGCAUGGGAGCACAGCAGAGCUUCUCAUCGCAGCCUCGCGCUGUAUCACCUGGUCCCGUCGCGACUGCUCUGCCUCCGCCCCUCAAACCCGUCUUUGGUGUCAGCCUAGACGAACUAUACAACCGAGAUCAGACCGCUGUUCCUAUGAUCGUCUACCAAUGCAUGCAAGCUGUCGAUCUCUUCGGUCUUGAUGUUGAGGGCAUCUAUCGUCUCAGUGGUACCGCCAGCCAUGUCCAACAGAUAAAGGCUCUCUUCGACCAUGACUCGCAAGUUGUCGACUUCCGCAAUCCGGCAUCCUUCUACCACGAUGUCAACAGUGUAGCUGGCCUCCUCAAACAAUUCUUCCGCGAGCUUCCCGACCCUCUCCUAACGCGCCGCUCGUACAACAACUUCAUAGACGCCGCUCGCAUCGAAGACGCCACCACACGUCGCGACGCUGUUCACUCGGUCAUCAACGAACUUCCUGAUCCCAACUAUGCCACUCUCCGAGCUGUGGUUCUGCAUCUCAACCGCGUGCAAGAGCAUUACGCCAAGAACCGGAUGUCCACUUCGAACCUGGCCAUCUGUUUCGCUCCCUCGUUGAUGGGCUCGCAUACUGGUCCACAGAUUGCGGACGCAAGUUUGCAGGCGAGGGUCUUGGAUACUAUUCUAACGAAUACGUACCAAAUUUUCGAUGAGGACUGA